AGGCCCAUUUAAGUCAGAGAGGAGAGGGAUGCUCGAAUUUCCAACCAACAUUUGAUUCGGUGAUGUCUAAUAUGCACGUUAUCUCUUUAUAAGGAGAACACAAUAGUGUCCAUUAUUCAGAAAUAAAAGAAUAGAUGUGAUUUAUGAACAGGGCAGGGAAGUAUCCAGCCAUGUUAUUAAUCUGUGAAUCUUAACUCAUAUGCAUAUACUUGCUCGAUUUCCAUUGACGCGCGUCCAUUCAAGUACGUUAUGCCAUCGUUGUGACGAAGUAUUGCUGUGAUCAAUUCUCGUAUCUUAACAUUGGAGGAAGGCUCACUUUAUUGUAUAAGUUUUUCCUGAACACACAAAAAUCUGAUUAUCACGACUGAUAAGUUGAAAUUCAUAUGUAAGGAUGGAUUAGGGUUUAGCCGUACGUUAACACGUAAGUACUAAAUAAUAUUUUGAUACAAGUAAGUUUCUUUUUUAACGGAGGCGAGUAAUACAACGAAGGUAUCAGGUAGAUACGCUAGUUGAAUAGAAAACAGAAAACAACGAGGAACGUCUUAUCAUGCCAUCAAUGGUGAUAGGGAACGGCCGUCAGAUGGUCAGCCAAAAUAAUAGAUUAAGACGUCGGCUGUUGUCUGCCAGACGGUUCUACCGCUCGUCCGGAAUUUACCGCCAACAUGUUAGACGUCUUCUAUAAUCGGUUGUGAUACUUUUGUCCGUGUUUUGCUUGGAGAACGGUUCCUCAUUAUUUGCAUUGGGAUGUUGGACAUAAAGAGCUCCGGAUAAAACUCUCAACACACUGAUUCUAAUCACGAUGGGAAAUUAUUAUGUUCAUUUGCGAGUGAAGGGAACUCUUAACUAGAAGGUGUUGUAACUUUUGGUGGCCUCGUUGGAAUGAUUAGGAGCCGCUAAUCAUAUUGAGUCGCAUGCGGUGCUUCCCGCUCCAUUAGUUCGCUAUGGGUCUAUGACUAUACGUUGCGGUAAAUGAGAUCGGUUAUCAUAAGCCACUAGAACAAUAGGAAAUCGUAUGAGAGUGCCAGCAGCUCCAGUAUAUUAUCACAAAACUCGUCUGGCCUGCAGAAGUUCGGGAAAUUAAACCAGUAUGACUAUGUUAGUUAGUUCAAUCUUCGAUUGUUCGUGGAUCAAAGUGAUUAUUUGCCGAUUGAUAAUAUCUGGAGCCCUUUUUACCUGAGUGAAAAAUUGAUCGCUAAACAAUGACAAUGUCACUGAAUGCGUCUACUGACGGCAACCUAACCACGCCUCUUUAUACUGAAUCCACCCCUUUAUCCUUUAACUACACCAAUAACAAUUUGUACCGCACGUUUUGUCCCGAAGCAGUAGCUGUUGACAAAUACGUUACCCCAUACACGUACGUCAUUGGGUUUCCCGGAAACAUUUUCUCUCUGAUUAUAUGGCUCCAGCGGCGCAUGCGGAAUUCCUCUGGAUAUUACCUUGCUGCCCUGGCCCUUGUGGACCUAGUGUUUUUGUCACUGCAAGUGAUAUACGAACUCAAUGAGAAAUGGGAAGUGAAGUGCCUGGAUUUACCUUUCGUUUGUGAAUUUUACCCCAUCGUAUUUUUGACGUCUCAGUAUCUGUCCCCUCUCCUUGUCUUGUCUUUUACCGUCGAGCGAUACAUAAGUAUCUGUCACCCAUUUAAAAGAGAGACCUGGUGCACAACGACAAGAGCUAAAUUAGUGAUCAUCGGUACAACAUUUGGUUGUUUAUGCAUAAACAGCAUUCAAGGCUACUUUUGGUCUUACGACUCGGAGAACAAAACAUGCCUUCUUCGAGGAAAGGUGAUUGAAAAUGGAACCCAAUCCUUCUGGGCAAUAUGGACAUGGUGUGUGGAGGCGUUUGUGUUUCUGUUAGUGCCGUUGUCCAUUCUGUAUUUCAAUAUUCAUGUAAUUGUGGAAGCAAGAAGACUUUCAAAGUUUGAACAGUGCACGUUACAUACACGUACUCAUCGAAAUUCUGCCACGACAGUUAUGUUAUUGGCCGUUUCAUUUUACCAAAUAUUCACAACACUUCCGGUGACAAUCGUUGUGACCUUAUAUUAUACCUUUCCUCCGGGUCAGUUAAACGAUUUGCCCACAAUUACCGAUGCAUGGAAGGCCCAUUUCCAGUAUUACUGGGCAAAAACGAUAAUCGAGGAAAUAGGUUUGACUCAUUAUGCGGGGAACUUCUACAUUUACAUGCUAACUGGCAAAAUUUUCAGACAGGAGUUCAAAAAACUUAUGCGGCCAUUGAUUGGUGGAUUGAAGGUAAAACUUACUAAUACUUCAAUGACCGAAUAUUCAACUGUCCGAACCGGAAGUGUUAAGCAUAAAAGGGAACUUACAGUGCGCAUGUGUAAUGGGAAUGCCAAUGGUCACCCCAUUGACUCUACCGAGAGUGAACCAGUUCUGAACUCCUCGGAAACGCAACUGUAACGUAAUUGUGAUAUUGAUUAUGUGAGGUAUACUGACGUGAAUGCAUGCAUAUGCGUGUGCAGAUUAAUCUGAGUGGGCCAAACAGUAUCUGUUUGUUGUUUGUACCACUGUAUUUAUUUAAAUUUGUAAAUAAUAUUUAUAUGAAACGUCUUGUUAUUUUGUAUCAGCAGUGACACAAAUUUAUGCUUUGAAAUUAAUGAACGUGAUAUUUGUUAGAAAUGCAUUUGUGUUCAAAGCAAUAUCGAAUGCGUUUGAAUUUACAAUAAAGAAAUAAAUUCAAAA